UCCUGCAAAACAGUCGAACAGUAAGAAUUAAAGAUGAAAUACCUCGUUGUCCUCGCCCUGAUCGCCGUAUCCUCGGCCGCCUACAUCAAGCCUGCUCCCGUCAGCGCAGAGCAUGCAGAGCUCCAGGCUAUCAUCGACGCCAUCAAUAGUCCCAGCACCGACCCCGCUACCGCUGCCGCCCUCACUGAAAUGCUCUACAGCUAUCUCGGAGUCAGUCCCCAGCCCAUCCACAUUGGACCGGAAAUCAUCGACUUCCCUCUCCCAGACGGUGGUGCUGUGAGCGCACCCGUGAAGCCCACUCCCUCUCCUGCCGUUGUCGGACCGGCCGCUCCCAGCCAGAGCUCUCCUCUUGUGCAGCUCGUUGUGAACAUCAACCAAGCCGCCGUCGGACCUGCUCCCGGACCAGUUGUUGAGCCCGUUGAGAUCAUCCCAGAGCCCGUCAUUAUCGUCGAAGAAGCUGAGGUUCCCGAAAUCAAACCCGACCCCGUGAUCAUUGUUGAACCCACACCCGUGGUCCCCGAGCCCGUCAUCGUUGCACCCAUCAACCCCGUCCCCGUCGCGCCCGUUGUCAUUGGCACACCCAUCAUUCCCGCCCCUGCUGUCACCCUCCCCGAGGAACUCAACUCUGAUGGUGACGGGCAGGAUGGGGGAAAACGUUCCAGAGGACGCGGUCCCACGAGAUGGUCGGACCAAAUUCAGUCUUGUCUGGACACCAAGAUCCACGACACCCACCACGAGGCCAAGGAUCACAGCAGAUGGAGAACAAUCGUGCAAGAGAGAUUGAUGCAGGAGGGAGUCACGAUCCUCAUCAAAAUGAAAUUCCUCGUUGCCUUCGCCCUGAUCGCCGUGGCUUCGGCCCGUGUCUUUGAACCAAUUUCCGUUGGACCGGCACUCGUCGACACCUACGAACCCAUCGACACCGAACCCGCCUACGUGGACAUCCCUAUCCCUGACGGUGGUGUAGUGACUGCUCCCGUGAAGCCCACUCCUGUUGUCGUUGGACCUGCUGUUCCCUCCGGUGCCUCUCCUCUUGUGCAGCUCAUCGUGAACGUCAACGUCCCCACUGGUGUUUCUGUUGGACCCGCUGAAAUCAAGCCCGAGCCCGUUAUUGUCGUCGAAGAGGCUGAAGAGGGCCCCAUUGUCCCUGAGCCCGUCAUCGUUGCUCCCAUCAACCCCACCCCUGUUGUCCCUGAGCCCGUCAUCGUUGCUCCCAUCAGCCCCGUCCCCGUCUCCCCCGUCAUCAUUGGCACUCCCAUCAUUCCCACUCCCGCCGUCACCCUCCCCGAGGAGCUUAACUAA